AUGCAACAAGUAAGAAGCGCAACAGACGGGUCAUCCGUUGUAGGUGCUGGCACUGGCGGCACAACCUCUUUCGUACUUCCAACCCUCAACCCACACAGCACGAGGUAUGUGUUCACAGACCUCUCUCAAGCGUUUCUUACGAACGCAAGACAACGUUUCAGUAGGUUUCCUUUCAUCGAGUAUGCUAUUUUCAAUGGAGACAAACAUCCGGGUGAUCAGGGCUUCAAUAGCCACGAGAUGACUGCGAUCCUGGCCACCAAUGUGAUCCAUGCAACUAUGCAUUUGGCUUCCACCAUGGCCACAAUCCAUGUCCUUUUGCAGCCGGGUGGCCACAUAGUCUUCAAUGAAGUGCAAAAUCCUGGAACCCUUCCAGAGGACUUGACCUAUGGUCUGACUGAUGGAUGGUGGAUGCUUACAGAUUGCGAAAGGCGCGUCACAUAUCCUUUGCUGCGCGUUGCAGAGUGGUGCACCCUUUUCACACAGUGCGGCUUCAAGAAUGUGUGGCACACGCCGGACCAGGGUGAGAUUUUUAGUCAACAAGCCAUCUUGGUGGCGCAGUGCGGAACGCUGGUACAGCCCACUUACUUGGGCGUAGAUCCGAUGCCAAGAGCAGACCCGAACGCGUCUUACCUCAUCACUGGAGCAGUUGGAGGUUUAGGUCUCAUUGCGGCGAUCAUCCUCAUGGAACGAGGGGCUAGGCAUCUCUUCUUCGUCUCAAGAAGAGACAAGGUCCCGGAAGAAGCCAAACAAUUCUAUGAGCGAAUUGCAAGUUCAAGUGCUGCCAUCCGCAGAGAAAAAUGCAACGCUGCAGACCCCAAGCAAAUUGAGCGUCUCUUUGAAGAGACUCCAGAAUGGCCUGCGUGUGCAGGUGUUGUUCAUGCUGCCGGGGUUCUCUCCGACGGGACCAUCACCAAGCAGAAUCGAAGAAAAUAUGAAGAGGCAGCGUUUGAAACGUGUCAGUUGCAACAGAAACACAAUAAACGAGCAAGUCACUCGCUCUUUCAUUUCGUUCCUCAGGAAAGGCCUCUCAACAAAUUUCUUUGA